AUGCCAGCACCCCCAUGCCAUCACCCCCAUGGCAACACAGCCAUGCCAUCACAGCCAUGCCAUCACAGCCAUGCCAUCACAGCCAUGCCAUCACAGCCAUGCCAUCACAGCCAUGCCAUCACAGCCAUGCCAUCACAGCCAUGCCAUCACAGCCAUGCCAUCACAGCCAUGCCAUCACAGCCAUGCCAUCACAGCCAUGCCAUCACAGCCAUGCCAUCACAGCCAUGCCAUCACAGCCAUGCCAUCACAGCCAUGCCAUCACAGCCAUGCCAUCACAGCCAUGCCAUCACAGCCAUGCCAUCACAGCCAUGCCAUCACAGCCAUGCCAUCACAGCCAUGCCAUCACAGCCAUGCCAUCACAGCCAUGCCAUCACAGCCAUGCCAUCACAGCCAUGCCAUCACAGCCAUGCCAUCACAGCCAUGCCAUCACAGCCAUGCCAUCACAGCCAUGCCAUCACAGCCAUGCCAUCACAGCCAUGCCAUCACAGCCAUGCCAUCACAGCCAUGCCAUCACAGCCAUGCCAUCACAGCCAUGCCAUCACAGCCAUGCCAUCACAGCCAUGCCAUCACAGCCAUGCCAUCACAGCCAUGCCAUCACAGCCAUGCCAUCACAGCCAUGCCAUCACAGCCAUGCCAUCACAGCCAUGCCAUCACAGCCAUGCCAUCACAGCCAUGCCAUCACAGCCAUGCCAUCACAGCCAUGCCAUCACAGCCAUGCCAUCACAGCCAUGCCAUCACAGCCAUGCCAUCACAGCCAUGCCAUCACAGCCAUGCCAUCACAGCCAUGCCAUCACAGCCAUGCCAUCACAGCCAUGCCAUCACAGCCAUGCCAUCACAGCCAUGCCAUCACAGCCAUGCCAUCACAGCCAUGCCAUCACAGCCAUGCCAUCACAGCCAUGCCAUCACAGCCAUGCCAUCACAGCCAUGCCAUCACAGCCAUGCCAUCACAGCCAUGCCAUCACAGCCAUGCCAUCACAGCCAUGCCAUCACAGCCAUGCCAUCACAGCCAUGCCAUCACAGCCAUGCCAUCACAGCCAUGCCAUCACAGCCAUGCCAUCACAGCCAUGCCAUCACAGCCAUGCCAUCACAGCCAUGCCAUCACAGCCAUGCCAUCACAGCCAUGCCAUCACAGCCAUGCCAUCACAGCCAUGCCAUCACAGCCAUGCCAUCACAGCCAUGCCAUCACAGCCAUGCCAUCACAGCCAUGCCAUCACAGCCAUGCCAUCACAGCCAUGCCAUCACAGCCAUGCCAUCACAGCCAUGCCAUCACAGCCAUGCCAUCACAGCCAUGCCAUCACAGCCAUGCCAUCACAGCCAUGCCAUCACAGCCAUGCCAUCACAGCCAUGCCAUCACAGCCAUGCCAUCACAGCCAUGCCAUCACAGCCAUGCCAUCACAGCCAUGCCAUCACAGCCAUGCCAUCACAGCCAUGCCAUCACAGCCAUGCCAUCACAGCCAUGCCAUCACAGCCAUGCCAUCACAGCCAUGCCAUCACAGCCAUGCCAUCACAGCCAUGCCAUCACAGCCAUGCCAUCACAGCCAUGCCAUCACAGCCAUGCCAUCACAGCCAUGCCAUCACAGCCAUGCCAUCACAGCCAUGCCAUCACAGCCAUGCCAUCACAGCCAUGCCAUCACAGCCAUGCCAUCACAGCCAUGCCAUCACAGCCAUGCCAUCACAGCCAUGCCAUCACAGCCAUGCCAUCACAGCCAUGCCAUCACAGCCAUGCCAUCACAGCCAUGCCAUCACAGCCAUGCCAUCACAGCCAUGCCAUCACAGCCAUGCCAUCACAGCCAUGCCAUCACAGCCAUGCCAUCACAGCCAUGCCAUCACAGCCAUGCCAUCACAGCCAUGCCAUCACAGCCAUGCCAUCACAGCCAUGCCAUCACAGCCAUGCCAUCACAGCCAUGCCAUCACAGCCAUGCCAUCACAGCCAUGCCAUCACAGCCAUGCCAUCACAGCCAUGCCAUCACAGCCAUGCCAUCACAGCCAUGCCAUCACAGCCAUGCCAUCACAGCCAUGCCAUCACAGCCAUGCCAUCACAGCCAUGCCAUCACAGCCAUGCCAUCACAGCCAUGCCAUCACAGCCAUGCCAUCACAGCCAUGCCAUCACAGCCAUGCCAUCACAGCCAUGCCAUCACAGCCAUGCCAUCACAGCCAUGCCAUCACAGCCAUGCCAUCACAGCCAUGCCAUCACAGCCAUGCCAUCACAGCCAUGCCAUCACAGCCAUGCCAUCACAGCCAUGCCAUCACAGCCAUGCCAUCACAGCCAUGCCACCACCCACCAGGCGUGGCAGGGCAUCCACGAGGCUGAUGGCGCGCUCCAGCCACGGCACCGCCUCUGCAUCGCCGCCCCCCCCACCGCUGCCUGCCUCCUCCUCACUCGCCUCCGCCCUCUCCACCUCGCCCACCCUCCCUGCUGCCUCGCUGUUUGCUGCUGGUCGCCGGAUGGCCAUGGCCAUGGCAGCGGGGUGGCUGGGGCGGGCGGGAGGUGCAGCAGCGGCAGUGAGGGCGGCGUGGCAGUCGUCGUGGCAGUGGUCGUCGUGCAGCAGCAGCUGGCGGAUGGCGCUCUGCACGGCACUGCCGGGGUGA